CUCUCACCUCUCUCUCUUUCUCUCUCACACACUACAACAUACAGGCUCUCAUAUCCGACUCCACGAGCGACUCACCUGACCUCGACAUGGCUCCUGAGCUCGUUCCAGCUUCUGUAGAACCGCCUACCAAAACCGUGACCAUGCCAAGCCGGGCCUUCGUGACUUUCUUGGCCGGAAACGGAGACUACGUGAAAGGCGUCGUUGGCCUGGCCAAGGGGCUGAGGAAGGCCAAAACGGCGUACCCUUUGGUCGUCGCUGUGCUACCCGACGUUCCUGAGGAGCACCGUCGGAUCCUGGUGUCCCAGGGCUGCAUAGUGCGUGAGAUUGUACCCGUUUACCCGCCCAACAACCAGACCCCGUUCGCCAUGGCCUAUUACGUCAUCAACUACUCCAAGCUCCGCAUAUGGGAGUUUGUCGAGUACAGUAAAAUGAUCUACUUGGACGGAGACAUCCAGGUGUUUGAUAACAUCGACCACCUCUUUGAUCUGCCCGAUGGGUAUUUCUACGCAGUGAUGGACUGCUUCUGUGAGAAAACAUGGAGUCACACGCCGCAGUACGAGGUCGGGUACUGCCAGCAGUGCCCUGACAAGGUGACGUGGCCGGCGGAGAUGGGCCAGCGGCCAUCCCUUUACUUCAACGCCGGCAUGUUUGUGUACGAGCCCAGUUUGUCCACCUACGAGGACCUCUUGAAGAAGCUACAAGUCACACCACCAACCCCAUUUGCUGAGCAGGAUUUCUUGAACAUGUACUUCAGGAGUGUUUACAAGCCCAUCCCUCUUGUUUACAAUCUGGUGCUUGCUAUGUUGUGGCGUCACCCAGAAAAUGUGGAGCUGGAGAAAGUGAAAGUUGUUCACUACUGUGCAGCGGGAUCAAAGCCAUGGAGGUUUACAGGGAAAGAAGAGAACAUGCAGAGGGAGGACAUAAAAAUGCUUGUAAAGAAAUGGUGGGAUGUAUACAGUGAUGAGUCGUUGGACUACAAGAAGGGAUCGGGGGCGGCAGAUGGUGAAGCGGAGCCGGUGAACAUGAAGCCAUUCUUGGCUGCUCUUUCCGAGGCUUGUACGAUUCAGUAUGUGACGGCGCCAUCAGCGGCAUAACGACAAGCCACUUUGUUGGGAUGAAAUGAACGCCAAAUUAACUCAAGAGUUAAAAGAGAGAUUGAAGCGAGAGUCAAGAUUUUCCUUUUAUUUAUGCUAAGGAUGUGAACAUGGGUUGGGAAUAGGCUGUCGAUUUUUGCUUUUGCUCUUUUUAUCUUUUUGUUGGUGCUAAAGUCAUUUCCAAACUUUUAGGGUCGACGUUGGCUGUUGGGUCGAUCUGUGUAAAUGUAAUGUGUGCUUAGACCGAUGAAUACAUGUUUUGACUUUUUAAAA